AGGAGGUGGUGGUGCAGCCAGGCACUUAUUCAGCCAGACAGUCACGCGAGUAAGUCGCUUCUCCGCGCUCCGUAUGGUUACGCACUUAAAGUCCCUGUGGAACAUUUUUUUACUUUCUAGUUUUCUGUUGCUACCCCCGAAAUGAUUGUUUUGGAUUUGUUCGGAACGUACACCUUUUAGGCUAUUGUGUUAUCUCAACGUAGGUGGACUAACUGUAGGGGUAUUUGUGUUCAGCCACUUAUUGUUUUUUUUUUCUACACGUAUAGCGUUACUUCCAAGAAUCCGUGCGCUUGUCGGAUGUGUUUGCGGAGCAGCUUGACUAAAAUACUCGCGGAGCGAGGGGGACAAUAGUCUAGGAACAUAUUGCAGCUUCGCACGGACCGGAGAGGGAGAGCGCAGGAUUCGUAAAACUGUGACGCAUGAAUAGUAGGCUAGCCUAGACUAUGAAAAGGUUUGCAAUGAUGAAAGUGUGUUUGAAAACUAACAUCACCGGAAGCAGAGCCAUGCUCUCCCUCUCACUUACUUUGUAAUAAGGAAGAUCUGUGUCCAUUGUAAGUGCAGGCUUGAGGAGCAUGUGAUGACAGCCGUGCCUCUAGAGAUGGAGAAGACCGUCACUAAGCUGAUGUAUGACUUCCAGAGGAACUCCACCUCAGACGACGACUCAGGCUGCGCGCUGGAGGAGUAUGCCUGGGUGCCCCCGGGGCUCAAACCUGAACAGGUUCAUCACUACUACAGCUCCCUGCCCGAGGACAAGGUUCCCUAUGUGAACAGCCCAGGAGAGAAGCACCGUAUCAAACAACUCCUCCAUCAGCUGCCCCCACACGACAAUGAGGUGCGUUACUGUAACACUUUGGACGAUGAAGAGAAGAGGGAGCUCAAACUCUUCAGUAACCAACGGAAACGGGAGAAUCUGGGCCGCGGCAAUGUGAGACCAUUUCCCGUGACGAUGACGGGAGCGAUCUGUGAGCAGUGUGGAGGGCAGAUAAACGGAGGUGACAUUGCAGUGUUUGCGUCGCGGGCGGGCCACGGCGUGUGUUGGCACCCUGGCUGCUUCGUGUGCAGCAUGUGUGACGAGCUGCUGGUGGACCUCAUUUACUUCUACCAGGAAGGGAAGAUCUACUGUGGUCGGCACCACGCAGAGAGACUCAAACCACGUUGCUCUGCCUGCGACGAGAUCAUCUUUGCGGACGAGUGCACGGAGGCGGAGGGCAGGCACUGGCACAUGAAGCACUUCUGCUGUUUCGAGUGUGAGACGGUGCUGGGCGGCCAGCGGUACAUCAUGAAGGAGGGCCGGCCCUACUGCUGCAGCUGUUUCGAGUCCCUCUACGCAGAGUACUGUGACUCCUGUGGAGAGCACAUCGGCAUUGACCAGGGCCAGAUGACAUAUGACGGGCAGCACUGGCACGCCACAGAGGGCUGUUUCUGCUGUGCCCGCUGUAAGAGCUCCCUCUUAGGUCGCCCCUUCCUGCCCAAACAUGGACAGAUCUUCUGCUCGCGCUCCUGCAGCCUGGGGGAGGAGCCUAACGGGUCAGACUCCUCAGACUCCGCCUUCCAGAGCGCACGCUCCACUCGAGAGUCCCGCCGCAGCUCCAAGGCUGGAAAGAACGGGGGCCAGGCAGGGAGGUGUUCGGGUGAGGUGGACCCUCUCUCCUUACAGAUGGACCUGCUGAGUCUGUCCAGCCAGACGCCCAGUUUGACCCGCGAGCCGCCCGCAUGGAAGAGCCAGGGACAGGUGCGUGACACGUACCCCUACGAGGGCCGAUCAGACCCCACAGCAACACCCACCCCACUCCAUCUGCUCAGCCAAUGCAACGUCAGGACUGCAUAUAACUCCACCUCCCCCGGGCAGGGCAACCAACCAAACCACAGGUCCAAGGAGACGGGUGUCACCAAGAGGCCGCCCAUCUCAGCCCUGAAAGGCCGCUCUAUGAAUGAGAACUGGUUCCAUCAGAGUUCAGAGGACUACUAUCCCCCCAAACUGAAACCCCAGCAAAGCUUUGAUGUACCCCACGGCUUGUCCUACCACAACGGCUUCUCUGACAAGCGCUCGGUCAGUCUGCAUGUGUUCCAGAGGGACAGGGAGGUGGGGCCUCCCCAGAUGGGGCGCAGCAGGAACCCCAUCAGCUCACUUAGCUUCACGGAGCAGCUCACUCCCCUAGAGCAGACACCCAGGGGUUCCAUGGAGUCACUGGCCCUGUCCAACGCUACAGGAACGUCAGCAGAUGGAGGAGGGAAGCGUCAGGAGCACCUGUCUCGUUUCUCCAUGCCAGACCUGAGCAAAGACUCUGGCAUGAACGUGUCAGAGAAGAGCAACAUGGGCACCCUCAACUCCUCGGUCCAGUUCCACAGCUCUGACUCCAUGCACAGCCUCACCUCAGGCCAGCCCUACAUGGAGCUGGAGCCCCCAGUGCAGGUGCAGUAUCCUCUGCAGUACUGUGAGCCCCCAGGCCUGGGGAUGGGCAUGAGCCACCUGCCAGCCGGCUUCACCUACCAGGAGGAGGACAGGGUCAGCCUGGUGAGCAGCGCCAAUGCUGCCCGCCUCCCGCCCAUCAGCGAGCGCACGCGGAGACGAGGAGAGGGCCCGGACAUGGCUGCCCCUGAAGACACCCCUCAGCGCCGGAGACACAAUCACCACCGCUCCCGUCGCUCCAGACGCUCCCGCUCGGAGAACGCCCUGCACCUGGCCGCUGAGCGCAGGGAGAGGCCCCAGCUGAGAGUCAGAGAGGACUAUGACCAGUUUCCCCCUCCGCGGGGCGCUAGGGACACAUUUGGGAGUGCAGGGGGGAGGUGCAGGGGGCCGGAGCCAUUCAGGCAGUGCCCUCGCACCACCUCUGACCUCACCCUGCAGAAGCCCAGUGCCCACCGCCGUCUCGCCGGGCCCUACUCCUGGGACGACUACGAGGAUGAGGACGAGUGGUGCUCCACCUGCUCUUCAUCGUCUGAGUCGGAGGACGAGGGUUACUUCCUGGGAGAGCCCAUUCCUAGACCCGUGCAGCUGAGGUACCUGAGCAGCCAGGAGCUCCUCCACAAGUACAGCUCCACGGGGGUGGGCGGACCGCACCAAAUGAGCGGCAGAGGGGGACAACUGCACACCCGCAAACGCCGGAAAAGCAAGAACUGCAUAAUCUCUUAAAAUUCACACCAUGGAAAGAGUCAAGAGAAAGUGCCCUCCCUCCCCCAGUAUAAACUAACAUAGUUCAUGUGUUCAGAGAAGAGAAACAGACUUCUGAAGUUGUUGAGUAUUGUGAGGUUGACAGUGUUUUGAUAUGCAGUUGGGUAAACGGUUGACAGUGUUUUGAUAUGCAGUUGGGUAAACGGUUGACAGUGUUUUGAUAUGCAGUUGGGUAAACGGUUGACAGUGUUUUGAUAUGCAGUUGGGUAAACGGUUGACAGUGGUUUGAUAUGCAGUUGGGUAAACGGUUGACAGUGGUUUGAUAUGCAGUUGGGUAAACGGUUGACAGUGGUUUGAUAUGCAGUUGGGUAAACGGUUGACAGCACAAAGGUUUUGCAUGUUUAUCCAUUUAAUGUUUCAGAACAAGUUAUCCUGAUUAUUGAUUCUAUUUCUCUGACUCUCACACUGCACUCUGCUUGUCUGUCACCAUAUUUAUCAAAGCCAACGUGCAAUCGUAAUAAUAAUGUCAUUUCCAUGCAGCAACAGUAAGGUCCAGACAAUUCAGUAAGGUCCAGCUUUUUCAUGCAAUGUGAUUUAGGUAUAUACCAGUGUACUCAAGUUUAUAGGCUGUACUGUAUAUAAGUAAAUGAAUGAAUAAAUUCACUAAAUUAAGGAAGCAAUGUAAAUACUAUGUAAAUGAGGUCCCACAUAUUUUUAUAUUUUGUAUGGAAUAUCUAUAAUGUAGGACUAGAAAAUGCAUGCCCGUAAUUUGUUGAUGUGGUCCUGCAUUGGAAUAAAAUAGUAUUUCAGACAGAGA